AUGUGUGCGCGUUUCUACUCUUCCUUCUACCGCACUGCACCCAUGUGUUUGUCAUUGCAUGGCAGGGAGCUGCAACAGCUGUUAGGCGGCGCCACGUGCGGCAUACACACCAUGUGGGACGAGCACUUUGGCAUCAGCGUGGUCGAAUACAUGGCAGCAGGGGCUGUUCCCAUAGCCCACAACUCUGCCGGCCCCAAAAUGGACAUUGUCGUGCCAGCCUGCCAUGCUGGUCUGGGGAGGAGGGAGAUGGCCGUCUCACCCACACUGUUGUGUUUCCAUUGCCUCCUCUGUUGCCUCUUGCAGCCCACAACUCUGCCGGCCCCAAAAUGGACAUUGUCGUGCCGGCCUGCCAUGCUGGUUGCAAAGAAGAAGAUCGGCAGGAGAAGAGGGGAGGUGAGGAGGGAGAUGACCGUCUCACACACCCACACUGCUGUGUUUCCAAUAUCUGUUCCUCUGUCUGCUCUGUUGCUUCUUGCAGCCCACAACUCUGCCGGCCCGAAAAUGGACAUUGUCGUGCCGGCCUUUCAUGCUGGUCUGGGGAGAAAAGAAGACGGGCAGGAGAAGGGGGGAGAGGUGGGAGAUGGGGAGGGAGACAAGGAGGGAGGCGAAGGGGAGCAAUCAGAGCCGUUGAUUUGGAAGGGCCAGCUAGAAGCGGACUCAUCAGGCUGUCCUGUAGGGUAUUUGGCGAUGACCGAGGACGAAUACACUGUUGCCAUGCGGGCGGUUUUCGCCAUGUCAGUGGAGGAGAGGGAGCGGAUAGCGACAGCUGGCAGGGAGCGGGCCAAGCGAUUCUCCGAGGAGAAUUUCGAUAAGAGCUUCAAGGAUGUGUUGCGCCCACGGACCCUGCAGCGCCGUGGAGCGUGGGCCACCAGGAGGGGCAUCUGCGCAGCCCCUUCCUGCGCCUGCAUCGGAGCAGGAGAAGCAGACAAGGGUGGGCAGAGGCAGUGGGGCCGGGAUACCAUCACCAUCACCUGGUGGUUACCACCAUCACCUGGUGGUUACCACCAUCACCUGGUGGUUACCACCGUCACCCCCGCCCGCUUCAUUUCACCCCUCACGACGACCCCGGCCCUUGCAACAUGUGCCGCCUCCGUGUUUCCGCUCAUCUUCCCCUUGCCUAACCUUGUUCCCAUUGUGGAGUUCUGCCGGUUGGUUGAAGCGUCGGAGCAGCAGGAGAAGCCGGCACGGGCGGAGGUGGUGGGGCGAACGAAUGACCACCCUCAACCUCGUGCUUUUGCAACCCCGUCCCUUUCCCAACACCAGAGAUCGUGGAGUUCUGCCGGUUGGUUGAAGCGUCGGAGCAGCAGGAGAAGCCGGCACGGGCGGAGACGGUGGGGCGAACGAAUGACCACCCUCAACCUCGUGCUUUUGCAACCCCGUCCCUUUCCCAACACCACACCAGAGAUCGUGGAGGCGUCGGAGCAGGGGAAGCAGGCGCGGACAGAGGCAGCGGUGGGGCGGGUGGGGGGUGUCACUGAGAGGACGGCACAGGGCACCAACACGUACAGUACAGCCACUGUGGUGUUCCCAUCACUCUCCUGCCCUUCUCAUACCCCAGAGAUCGUGGAGUUCUGCCGGUUUGUGGAGGCGUCCGAGCAGGAGAAGCAGGCGCGGCCGGAGGCAGUGGGGCGGGUGACAGGAGAAAUCGUGGAGUUCUGCCGGUUUGUCGAAGCAUCGGAGCAGGAGAAGCAGGCGCGGGCGGAGGCGGUGGGGCGGGUGACAGCUGUCAUCCACAGCAUCUGGGCGCACUGCCACGUGGAGGUGUUUGGUUCGUACGCCACGGGCGUGUACCUGCCGACCAGUGACGUGGAUCCCACCAUACCAGUUCACGCCCCAGACCCAUCUCGUGGGGGAGGGGCAGUGGCACGUGGGGAGGUGUUUGGUUCAUAUGCCACGGGCGUGUACCUGCGGACCAGCGACGUGGAUUACUGCCCUGAUACUGUCGAUGGUAGUGCUGCACUCGGGCUGCCUGGACGUGCAGAGGGCACUGAGAGCACUGGCUACGGCACUGGUGGGAUUGAAGGGAUUUCUUGUCCUGCACCCACCCAAGCCCUUCCCCAUCUGCUGCUCUCUGCUCUCUCCUUCUGCCCCUCUUCCGGCUGCCCGGACGUGCAGAGGGCACUGAGAGCACUGGCGAAGGCACCGAGGGCACUGAGAGCACUGGCGAAGGCACCGGUGGGAUUGAAGGGAGUCCCUGUCCUGCACCCACGCAAGGCACUGCCCGCACCCCUUCAACCCCGCUUCCCUUCCCCUCCCGCAGAUGGUAGUGCUGCACUCGGGCUGCCCAGACGUGCAGAGGGCGCUGAGGGCACUGAUGGUAGUGCUGCACUCGGGCUGCCCGGACGUGCAGAGGGCGCUGAGAGCAUUGGCAAAGGCGCUGGUGGGGAGGAGAGUUGCACGGAACAUGAAGCAAAACAUGUGCAGAGGGCGCUGAGAGCACUGGCAAAGGCGCUGGUGGGGAGGAGAGUGGCUCGCAACAUGAAGGUUAUCGGGCAAGCACGUGUGCCGAUCAUCAAGUUCCUCCUUAUCUCACUCCUCUCCCCUCCCCCUCCAACCUUUUCCUCCCCUACAGGCCAUAGGGCAAGCACGUGUGCCCAUCAUCAAGUUCCUCCUUUUCCUCACUCCUCUCCCCUCCCCCUCCAACCUUUUCCUCCCCUACAGGUCAUUGGGCAAGCACGAGUGCCGAUCAUCAAGUUCCUCUUCUCGCCCGCCUCACGCCUCUCACUCCUUCCCUUUCUUCCCGCCUCCAACCCCCACCCCCCCCCUACAGGUCAUCAGGCAAGCACGAGUGCCCAUCAUCAGGUCAUCGGGCAAGCACGUGCGCACAUCAUCAAGUUCCUCCUUAUCUCACUCCUCUCCCCUCCCCCUCCAACCUUUUCCUCCCCUACAGGCCAUUGGGCAAGCACGUGUGACGAUUUUCAAGUUCCUCCUCUCCUUUUCCAGCCCCUUUCUAUCUUUCUCUCUCUUCCCUUCUCUUCCUCUCUCUUUGCCCACCUCUCCCCCACUGCAGGUCAUUGGAAAGCGCGUGUGCUGAUUAUCAAAUCUCUCAUCUCACUCACUCGCCCCCCCUCCUGCCUGCCUCCCCCCCUGCAGGUCAUCGGGCAAGCACGAGUGCCGAUCAUCAAGUUCCUGGAGAUUGAGAGUGGAGUGUCAUUUGACAUCAGUGCACGUGUGCCGAUCAUCAAGUUCCUGGAGAUGACCAGUGGAGUGUCGUUUGACAUCAGUGCACGAGUGCCGAUUAUCAAGUUCUUGGAGAUUGAGAGUGGAGUGGUGUUUGACAUGAGGUUUACUCCAGUUUUGAGAUGUCUGAAGAACUACCCGGCCCUCUCCUGCCCCUUUCCUCCUCUUUAUCUGAAUGCCCGGCCCUCCUCCCCCUCUUGCCCCUUUCCUCCUCUUUAUCUUUGUCUGAAUGCCCGGCCCUCUUCCCUCUCCUGCCCCUUUCCUCCUCUUUAUCUUUGUCUGAAUGCCUGGCCCUCUUCCCCCUCCUGCCCCUUUCCUCCCUCUCUUUAUCUGAAUGCUCUUGGCAGUUUCGAUACGUCCAACGGACCUGAGACUGCCAAGUUCAUCCUAGCUCUGCCCCACCCUCCCCUCCCCUCCCCUUCCUUCCCCUCCCCUCCCCUUCCUUCCCCUCCCCUCCGCCCCCCCGAACUUGCUCCUCCCAGUUUCGAUACGUCCAACGGACCAGAGACUGCCAAGUUCAUCCGGAACUCCAUGAAAGCCAUGCCAGCGCUGCACCGCAUAUCCCUCGUGCUCAACCUCUUCCUGCACCAGACGAAAUCAAUGAAGGCCAUGCCAGCGCUGCGCCCCGUCUCGCUCGUGCUCAAGCUCUUCUUGCACCAGGCGGUCAAACGAGACGACCCAAGCCUUGUUUUGUACUCCUCUCCCAUUCUCUGGCUGUUCCUUCUUCUCUGGUCUGGCUGUUCCUUCUUCUCUGGUCUGGCUGUUCCUUCUUCUCUGGUCUGGCUGUUCCUUCUCCUCUGGUCUGGCUGUUCCUUCUUCUCUGGUCUGGCUGUUCCUUCUUCUCUGAAAUCCAUGAAGGUCAUUCCAGCGCUGCGCCCUAUCUCUCUCGUGCUCAAGCCUUUUCUCCAGCAGAGGGGGGGUUGGAAAUCCAUGAAGGCCAUGCCAGCACUCCGUCCUAUCUAUCUCGUGCUCAAGCUCUUCCUCCAGCAGAGGAAAUCCAUGAAGGCCAUGCCAGUGCUGCGCCCCAUAUCCCUCAAAUCCAUGAAGGCCAUGCCAGCACUGCGACCCAUCUCUCUGGUGCUCAAGCUUUUUCUCCAGCAGAGGGGCCUCAACGAGGUGUUCACAGGGGGGAUCGGCUCUGCGGUGCAGCGCAGUGCUCUGCGCCUCAUCUCCCUGGUGCUGCUGAAGCUCUUCCUGCAGCAGAGGGGCCUCAACGAGGUGUUCACAGGGGGCAUCGGCUCGUACGCCCUGCUGGUCAUGAUCAUGGCACACCUACAGGAGGGUUCUUUGGGGUUACAAGCUGUCCUGGGCCUCAACGAGGUUUUCACAGGAGGAAUUGGGUCUGCGGUGCAGCGCAGUGCACUGCGAUCCAUCUCCCUGGUGUUCAAGCUCUUCAUGCAGCAGAGGGGCCUCAACGAGGUGUUCACAGGGGGGAUUGGGUCCUGUCCUGUGUUGAAGCUCGUGCUGCAGCAGAUGGGCCUUAACGAGGUGUUCACAGGAGAAAUUGGCUCAUACGCCCUUCUAGUCAUGCGCAGUGCACUGCGCCCCAUCUCCCUGGUGUUCAAGCUCUUCCUGCAGCAGAGGGGCCUCAACGAGGUGUUCACAGGAGGCAUCGGCUCGUACGCCCUUCUAGUCAUGAUCAUGGCGCAUCUUCAGGUGUGGGGCCUCAACGAGGUGUUCACAGGAGGCAUUGGCUUGUACGCCCUUCUAGUCAUGAUCAUGGCGCACUUACAGCUCUUCCUCCAGCAGAGGGGCCUCAAUGAGGUGUUCACGGGAGGCAUCGGCUGUGCGUUGACCUGCAUAUCCCUUGUGUUGAAGCUCUUCCUGCAGCAGAGGGGCCUCAACGAGGUGUUCACAGGAGGGAUUGGCUCUGCAGUGCAGCACGACACAACGCACUGCGCCCACAUAUCCCUCGUGCUGAAGCGCUUCCUUCCUGCAGCAGAGGGGCCUCAACUCAACGAGGUGACCACAGGAGGGAUUGGUUCCUCUACUACCCUCCUAUGGUCAUGCCGCUUUUCAAGCGGCAAGCUAGAGCAGAAUCUGGGCGUACUGCUGGCGAGUGCAGCAGCAAGCAAAGAAGUGCUGUUGUGGACCCACCACAGCCGCUUUUCAAGUGGAAAGCUAGAGCAGAACCUGGGCGUGCUGCUGAACCAGCACGACCGCUUUUCUAGCUGCGAGCUAGAGCAGAAGAACCUGGGCGUCCUGCUGGUGAGUCCCUUUAUACACCUGGGCGCUUUGCUUAGCCAGGAGACGACUUUUGAGGCGCCUCAAAAGCGUCCUCUCUGCUACUGCAGCCAGGAGACGGAUUUUGAGGCGCCUCAAAGGCGUCCUCUCUGCUACUGCAGCCAGGAGACGACUUUUGAGGCGCCUCAAAAGCGUCCUCUCUGCUACUGCAGCCAGGAGACAACUUUUGAGGCGCCUCAAAAGCGUCCUCUCUGCUACUGCAGCCAGGAGACGACUUUUGAGGCGCCUAAAAGCGUCCUCUCUGCUACUGCAGCCAGGAGACGACUUUUGAGGCGCCUCAAAAGCGUCCUCUCUGCUACUGCAGCCAGGAGACGGAUUUUGAGGCGCCUCAAAGGCGUCCUCUCUGCUACUGCAGCCAGGAGACGACUUUUGAGGCGCCUCAAAAGCGUCCUCUCUGCUACUGCAGCCAGGAGACGACUUUUGAGGCGCCUCAAAAGCGUCCUCUCUGCUACUGCAGCCAGGAGACGACUUUUGAGGCGCCUCAAAAGCGUCCUCUCUGCUACUGCAGCCAGGAGACGACUUUUGAGGCGCCUCAAAGGCGUCCUCUCUGCUACUGCAGCCAGGAGACGACUUUUGAGGCGCCUCAAAAGCGUCCUCUCUGCUACUGCAGCCAGGAGACGACUUUUGAGGCGCCUCAAAAGCGUCCUCUCUGCUACUGCAGCCCUUCGAAACAUGAGUCAGGGUGACCCCUGGGAUACCAAAAGCGUCCUCUCUGCUACUGCAGCCCUUCGAAACAUGAGUCAGGGUGACCCCUGGGAUACCAAAAGCGUCCUCUCUGCUACUGCAGCCCUUCGAAACAUGAGUCAGGGUGACCCCUGGGAUACCAAAAGCGUCCUCUCUGCUACUGCAGCCCUUCGAAACAUGACCCUUCGAAACAUGAGUCAGGGUGACCCCUGGGAUACCAAAAUCGUCCUCUCUGCUACUGCAGCCCUUCAAAACAUGAGUCAGGGUGACCCCUGGGAUACCAAAAGCGUCCUCUCUGCUACUGCAGCCCUUCAAAACAUGAGUCAGGGUGACCCCUGGGAUACCAAAAGCGUCCUCUCUGCUACUGCAGCCCUUCGAAACAUGAGUCAGUCAGGGUGA